AUGGUCUACACACUGAUCAGCGCCACGCCAUCUCCCUAUGCCCGUAAGGUACGGAUAGCGCUUGYGGAAAAGGGCAUUCCCUUUGAGCUUCAGACAGAAGUUCCUUGGGACUCGACCACCGAGACUCCAAAGUAUAACCCAUUGGAGAAAUUGCCCGUGCUCGUUGACCAGCAUGGAAAGGCUGUCUACGAAAGCCAUUACAUUCUCGAAUGGCUUGAGAUUAAACAUCCGGAGAAACCCCUGAUGCCACAAGAUGUGGAAGAGAGACUAUUCGCAAAGCAGGUAGAAGUCGUUGCAGAUGGCAUGUGCGAUGCUCUCCUCCUAGCAUUAUUCGAAAUGAAAAGGGAGCCAGAAAAGCAGAGUGAGCCGUGGAGAGCAAGACAGAUGAGAAAGGUAGAUGGAGGCCUAAAGGCAUUGGCCGAAUGGGUCGAUCAAAGCAAGACUGGCUUCAUCAUUGGUGAUUCACUCACGCUAGCCGAUAUCGCCGCUUGCAGUGUUUUGGGCUACAUGGCUAUGAGGUGGACUGAUCACCCUUGGAUGACGACCUACSCGCACUUGAAGGCAUACUGGGAGAGACUGGAUGCCAGGGAGUCCUUCGCGAACACCAGGCCUUCGCUUCAUGUGAUGAAGGAUGCGGUUGUAUGA